AUGUUAAAAGCUGUCCGUAUUUUCUAUCGACAAUCGUCAUCAAAUCUAUUUCGGAGAUUUCGUCAUACAGAAAAUUCAUCAAAAAAUGAUAUAUCUCGUACAGCAGGUCUUGGACGUGAUUCAACAUUCCCAAUAGUUUAUAAUUUUCCUGCUCUAUCAAAAUCACCAUCAGGGUUACCACCAGUAAAAUAUGCUAUACCAGAAGCAAAUCGAUAUGAAACAAAUGUAACAACACUUGACAAUGGUCUUCGAGUUGCUUCGGAAAAGCUUUUUGGUGAUUUUUGUACAAUUGGAGUUAUUGUUUCUGCGGGACCUCGAUUUGAAGGAAAAUAUCUUAGUGGUGUUUCACAUUUUCUUGAAAAAUUAGCAUUUAUGUCGACUAAUAAAUAUGAAAGUCGUGAACAAAUUGUUGAAACAUUACAUGAAGUGAAUGCUAUAUGUGAUUGUCAAACAUCAAGAGAUAUUAUAAUUUAUGCAUUAUCAUGUCGAACAAGUGGCAUUGAGCGUGUUGUUGAAUUACUUUCUGAAACAAUAUUUCGCCCGAAAUUUUUACCCGAAGAAAUGGAAUCUGCACAAGUGGCUGUUUUCAAUGAAAUUGAUGAUUUAAAAAAUCGACGAUAUGAUCCAACUCCAAUUUUAACUGAUAUGAUACAUGCUGCUGGUUAUGGAAAUAAAACUCUAGGUUUACCAAAAUAUACACCAUUAGAUAAUAUUUCCCGAAUAGAUACAUCAAUGUUAAGAUCAUUUAUGAAAGAAUUUUAUCAACCAGAACGAAUGGUACUUGCUGGUGUUGGCAUUGAUCAUCAACAACUUGUUGAUUUAGGAAAAAAAUAUUUUUCAAUAUCAAAAAAUGAUAAUAAGAAUAUUGAUCAAAAAACUAUCGAAGAUAAUAAAGCUAUAUGGACUGGUGGUGUUAUUAUGGAAGAACGCGAUCUUAGUCAUUUAUCAUUUGGUGCUGAUCCAUUACCAGAAAAUGUUCAUAUAGCACUUGGUUUUGAAGCUCCAUCACAUAAAGAAGAACGUGAAUUUGUUUCGACUUGUGUAUUAAGUCAAUUAUUAGGUGGUGGUGGUUCAUUUAGUGCUGGUGGUCCAGGUAAAGGACUUUAUUCACGUUUUUAUUUAAAUGUUCUCAACAGACAUGAACAAAUCAAAACUGCUAUAUCAUAUAAUAAAGCAUUUUCAGAUUCUGGAUGUUUAUAUUUUCAUUUUGGUGGUGAACCAACAUAUCUUCGUAAUAUGGUUGAUGUUGCUAUACGUGAAAUUGGUUUUCUUGUUUCUGAACGACCAGGAUCCAUAGAACUUGCACGUGCUAAAAAACAAUUACAAUCAAUGCUUUUUAUGAAUUUAGAACAACGUCCUGUUGUUUUUGAAGAUAUUGCACGACAAGUUCUUUCUGUUGGCAAACGUCAACAAGCUGAUUAUUAUUUUAAUCGUAUAGAACGUAUUAAUAUGGAUGAUAUAUAUGAAAUAGCACGACGAAUAUUUAGUAAACCACUUGCAUUAGCUGGUCUUGGUAAAAAUAUAAAUGAAAUGCGUUCAUAUGCUCAAGUAUCGGAUGUAAUACAACGACAAUUAUCAUCUAAAACACGAUGGCGUAUUUUUGGUUAA